CUUUCAGCUUUUGGUAAACACGUGGGCGUCCUUCCCGAGCUCUGGCGAGAGCCCGGUCCGGCUCUGCUCUCUGGAUUCAUUUCUGACAUGGAGGAAGUGCUGUCCUUCUGGGAUGUGGCCAUUGAUUUUUCUCCAGAAGAGUGGGAAUGCCUGGAUCUUGCUCAGUGGAAUUUGUACAGGGAUGUAAUAUUGGAGAAUUACAGCAACCUUGUGUUCCUUGGUCUUGCUGGCUGUAAGCCACAACUGGUGACAUUUCUGGAGCAAAGACAAGGGCCUUGGGAUGUGAAGAAACAAGCAGCAGCCACUGUGUACCUUGGAACAACACCCAAUGAUUGUAACACUUAUAGCAACUCACUACCUAUUAAACACCAGAGAAUUCAUAAAGGGGAGAAACCCUACAAGUGUGAAGAAUGUGGUAAAACCCUUAGUUCUCGUUCAACUCUUUCGAUACACCAGAGACGUCAUACUGGAGAAAAACCCUACAAGUGUAAAGAAUGUCAUAAGGCCUUUAUUAGUCGCUCAUCACUUUUUAUACAUCAGAAAAAUCAUACUGAUGAAAAAACCUACAAGUGUGAGGAAUGUGGGAAAUUAUUUUACUAUCCUUCAAUGUUGAAGCAACAUCAAAGAAUUCAUUCUGAAGACAAACCCUACAAGUGUGAAGAAUGUGGCAAAGCUUUUUAUGACCCCUCAUUCCUUAAGCAACAUAAAAGAGUUCAUUGUGGAGAGAAACCACACAAGUGUGAAGAAUGUGGCAAAGCAUUUUCCUCUGCUUUACUCCUUAACCAACAUAAAGGUUUUCAUUCUGGAGAGAAAAAGUACAAGUGUGAAGAAUGUGGCAAAUCCUUUUACUAUCCUUCAUUCCUUAAGCAACAUCACAGAAUUCAUUCUGAAGAGAAUCCCUACAAUUGUGGCAACUGUGGAAAAAAGUUUUACAGUUCUCCGCACCUUCAGGAGCAUAAAAAAAUUCAUACUGGAGAAAAACCAUAUAACUGUGAAGAAUGUCACAAAGCUUUUCGUAAUCACUCAGCCCUUAGAAGACACAGGGCAGUUCAUAAUGGAAAGACACCCUACAAGUGUGAGCUUUGUGGAAAAGGAUUUACUAAGACCUCAGAGCUUACUGAGCACAAAAUAGCUCACACUGGAGAGAAACCCUAUAAGUGUGAACAGUGUGGCAGAUGUUUUUCCUCCUCUUCAUCCCUUAAAAGACACCAAUUAAUCCAUUCUGAAGACAAUCCCUACAAGUGUGAGGAAUGUGGUAGAGCCUUUUCUACACUUUAUUCUCUUACUCAGCACAAGCGUGUCCAUUCUAGAGAGAAACCUUACAAGUGUGGAGAAUGUGGGAAAGCCUUUUCUUAUAAUUUUUCCUUGAUUCAGCACAAGUUAAGUCAUAAUGGAGUGAAGUCUUAUCGAUGUGAAGAAUGUGGGAAGAUGUUUUAUUCUACUUCAAAACUGAAGAAACAUAGAAGACUUCAUUGUCAAGAGAAACUGUACAAAUGUGAAGUCUGUGGAAAAGCCUUUUCUACUAAUUCUUCCAUGGUUCAGCACAAAAUAGUUCAUACUGGAGAGAAAUGCCACAAAUGUGAAGAAUGUGGCAAAAUGUUUGCCUGUACCUCAAAACUGAAGAGACAUAAAAUAAUUCAUUGUCAAGAGAAACCCUUCAAAUGUGAAGUAUGUGGCAAGGAUUUUCGUACUUUCCCAGAACUUUCUAUACACAAGAGAACUCACAUGAGUGAGAAACCACACAAAUGUGAAGAAUGUGGAAAAGCCUUUUCUACUCUCUCAUACUUUACUCUGCACAAAUUACAUCAUACUGGGGAGAAAUCCUAUAAAUGUGAAGAGUGUGGCAAAAUGUUUUACUCUACUUCAGACCUUAAAAAACACCAAAAAAUUCAUACUGGAGAGAAGUAUGUAUGAGAAUCAUACAAGUGUGAAGAGUGUCACAAAACUUUUAGUACACGUACAACCCUUAAGAGACACAAGACAGUUCAUACUGGAGAGAAACCCUACAAGUGUGACCUGUGUGGAAAGGGAUUUAUUAAGCCCUCUGUGCUUAGUGAGCACAAGAUAGCUCACACUGGAGAGAAACCGUACAAGUGUGAAGAGUGUGGUAAAAGGUUUUCCUAUUCUUCAGACUUUAAAACACAUCAAAGAAUUCACUCUGAAGAUAAUCCUUACAAGUGUGGGGAAUGUGGCAAAGCGUUUAGUAAGCUGUAUACACUUACUCAGCACAAGCUUGUUCAUACUGGAGAGAAACCGUACAAGUGUGAAGAAUGUGGCAAAAGAUUUUCGUGUUCUUCAUAUGUUAAGGUACAUAAAACAAUUCAUUCUGAAGAGAAGGCCUUCAAGUGUGGGGAAUGUGGCAAAGCCUUUAGAUGGAACUCAGUCCUUAUUCAACAUCAAAGAAUUCACACUGGAGAGAGACCCUAUGCAUGUGAAGAAUGUGGCAAAUCUUUUAACUAUUCUUCCAGCCUUAAACAGCACCAAAGAAUCCACACUGGAGAGAAACCCUACAAAUGUGAAAUGUGUGGCAAAGCUUUUAACUGUUCUUCCUAUCUGGGUAAGCACCAAAGAAUCCAUACUGGAGAGAAGCGCUACAGAUGUGAAGAGUGUGGCAAACCUUUUACUAAUUGUUCAGGCCUUAUUGUUCACCGGAGAGUUCAUACUGGAGAGAAACCCUACAAAUGUGAAGUAUGUGGCAAGGCCUUUACUGUCCGUACAACCCUCUCUAAACAUCAAAGAAUCCAUACUGGAGAGAAACCAUACAAAUGUGAUGAAUGUGGAAAGACUUUUAAUGUUCACUCAACACUCUCUAAACACCAGAGAAUCCACACUGGAGAGAAACCAUACAAGUGUGAAGAAUGCGGCAUGGCCUUUAAUGUCCGCUGCAUUCUUUCUAAGCACCAGAGGAUCCACACUGGAGAGAAACCCUACAAAUGCAAAGAAUGUGGCAAAGCUUUUAACUGUUCUUCCAGCCUUCAUCAACAUCAACAAAUUCAUAGAGGAGAGAAACUUUAUAAAUGCGAUGACUGUGGGCAGGCCUUUAGCUGUUCUUCUUAUCUGUAUAAGCAUCGGCGAAUCCAUACUGGCAUGAAACCCUACAAAUGCAAGGAAUGUGGCAAGGCCUUUUACUGUUCUGUAAACCUUAUUUACCACCAGAGAAUUCAUACUGGAGAGAAACCAUAUAAGUGUGAUGAGUGUGGGAAAGCCUUUAGCAUUUGUUCAACAUUUAUGAAACACCAGCGAAUACAUAGUGGAGAAAAACCCUAUAAAUGCAAAGAAUGUGAAAAAGCCUUUAAUAAUUGUUAUAAUCUAAUUCAACACCAAAGAAUUCAUACUGGAGAAAAACCCUACAAAUGCAAAGACUGUGGCAAAGCUUUCAAUUAUACUUCAAGUCUUGCUCAACAUGAAAGAAUUCACACUGGAGAGAAACCCUACAAAUGUGAAGAAUGCGGCAAGGCCUUUAAUUCUUCUUCAAAUCUUAAACAUCAUUGGAGACUCCAUACUGGAGAGAAGCCAUACAAAUGUGAACAAUGUGGCAAAGCCUUUAAAAAUUGUUCAGGCUUUACUAGACACUACAGAAUUCACACUAGAGAAAAUCCAGAUUAGUACAGACAAAGUUGCAAAGUCUGUAAUAAUUGUUUUUUGAUAAUUAAACACUAAGGAAUUCAUAUGUGAGAGAAACCUUAGAAAUGAAAGGAAUAAGGGAAGAUCUUUAAUAACAGUUCAACCCUUAUUCAACAUCCACCAUUACAUACUUGAGAGGUCUAAUAAUGGUGAAGAAGAUGACUGUGUUCAGCAGUCUAUACUUGUGCAACAUCAAAAAUUUGUGCAUUUUAGAGAAACUGUACAAAUGCAAGUAAUGUGAGAAAUCCUCUUUAACCAUGAGUGAAUUCCAAUUGAACUUUAUACGGACAUGAUGACUCUGCCACAUAUAUAAAACAGAGAAAAGUAAUCUGUUAUAGUAAAAAGCACUCUGUAAUUGGUGUGGCAAGUCUUUGCUUGUCAUGUAGACCUUAAGAGACAUAAGGGAAUUAUCAUGAGACAAGUUCCAUGAACAGUACACUAUUUAGCAAAGCAUCAAAUGAUGCUUAUAAUUCAUAGGAUACUGUUUGGUGUGAGAGAAGAAAAUCAUUACAGACUUUGGAAUCAUGUAGAUAACUCAAGUCUGUGAAAACAUCAAUACGUUAUAAAUUGAAAUUAGAACAUAAGUUUAAUUUUGAAAAGUGAAAAGAAUACAACUACUGAUGAUUUCAUCAGAAGAACAGGAGUGUGUCCUGAGAUGUCGGAGUCUAUUUUUUCCCAGAGACCAUAGAAUACAUUAUUGGAAUAUGAAGUUUAGUGACUUUUGUAAAUAACAAUAAGCAGUUCUUAAUGCAUUGUCACUGCUCUGUAUAUAAUUAAGUUCUGCCACAAACAUUAAAAUAUCUACCUUAGUAAGGUGUGGAGGCUAAUCUUCGCUGUCCACCUGACACAUCUAGGAAGAGGAAACCUCACCUGAAGAAUCAGCUCUAUCAGAUUGGCCUAGAAAAUAUGACGGUUACAUAUUUUUUAGAAAAAUUAAUGUAGAAGUGUCCAGGCCCCUGUGGACAGUACCAUCCCUAGGCUGUGGCCCAGGACCAUAUAAGAAAGGUAACUGGAAAUGAGACUGGGAAUAAGCCAGUAAACAGCAAGCCUCCAUGACAUUGCUCAGGUUCCUGCCUUCAGUUCCUGCCUUGGAUUCCUUCAGUGGUGGGGUGUAAUGUGUAAGAUGAAAUACACUCUUUCUUCCCCAAGUUGAUUUUUGGUCAUGGGGUUUAUCAAAGCAACAGAGAAUCAAACCAGACCACAAAGGAUCUAGCUAACAUUUUAAUUAUACACUGUUGGGGAUUAGUGGGAUAGUUAGUCUUUCCUAAUGUUAACGUGCUUCAGGUAAUUUAUAAUAUAUUAUCUUUUAUGUUUCAUAAUUAUUCAUCUACUUAUCAUUUUUACUUUUAUAUCUUGCUUUAUAGAAAUAAAGUUAUGCCCUUUUGA